CUUUAAUUACUGGGAGUACCACAAGCGGUGCCUGGGCAGUGCCUGAAUGGCCAGUCACGGCCUGCGAUUGGCGGGUUGUUGGACCAGCCACCAGCGCGCCGGGGCUUUUCCAUUUCCAAGAUUCCCUCCUUUUUCUUGCUGCCGGGAAAUCCACUGUCGAACGACUCCAGCGAGUCCAGCGUCACUGAGUCGAGUCCGUCUUUUCCCUGAGCGGGUCGCCCAUCUGUCCACUCCCCACGUUCCGGCCGUCUCCGAGUUUAUCCUCACCUCUUUCAAGGGGAAUUCCGAGCUUUCCUCAGGAAUCCACAUUCGCACGUCUUGCGCUUCCGCUGGCCCACUCCAACGAUGCAGCGAAGGUCUCGCUUGCAGGGCCGUUACACAGACGACCCCGCCUGGUCGCGUGUGCAUUCCAGUAUCAUCUUUUUUUGUUGACUCGAUCGGUGGAACCUACGCGCGACAUCGUGAUUGCUCGAGACACGAAGUGCAAGGAAGAGUCGAGAAGACGGAAGAACCCAACUGAGUGACUGGGAAUGCGGGGGUCCCGGGCGUGAAUGAACUAUCGCUAGAGCCUCCGGGCCAAUCAGAGUACGGGAGCAAGCCUUGACAUCAUCGCCAAAUUCCUUGAUUGACUGAGAAAACUAAAUUAUCACACACCACGUAGCAGCCCUAUCUACCUAUUUUUGGUGCUGGGUCUUAUAAAACUCUAAGUCCUCUAGCCUCUGCCUUCGGAUUUCCUUCCAGUGGGCCAUCAGAUCUCCAUGAGAUCUUCCUCCGACAAGAGAACCGUGGUGUCGCGUUCCUGAGGACUCGUCUCGGGGAGAAGAUCUUCAUCCUCCUCUAUUCCUGGUGUGGGCCACGCUGCCGCGGCGGUCUCGGUAGCCUUCUUCAGCAAAAGCGCGUCGUGCUCCUUCGCACCUCCACUUGCAAACGC